AUGGGGGAGGCCUACGUGGAGUACCUGAGGAGCAUCGCCUUCAUCGCCCAGGCCCUGCAGGAGGAGGCGGCAGGGACAGGUAGGGCAGGCGAGGGGGUCAGCCCCGACACCCCGAAGAUGCUGAAGCUGGCGGAGCAGUGCCUGGAGAGAGUCAAGUCCAUUGCGGCGGCGCUGGGGAAAGCCCAGGCCAAACCGGCUGCACCGGAGCGGAGCGGGGGUCCUGCUCCCCUCCCCAGGCACCGCCGGGUCUUCUCGGAUGAGGGGGGGAAGCUCUCUCCCUUCCUGCCGCCGGAGAUCUUCCAGAAGCUACAGAUCACCGAGGCACAGAGCGCGCGGAAGGAGCUGACGCCGCUGGAGGAGGCGUCUCUGCAGAACCAGAAGCUGAAGGCUGCCUACGAGGCACGGGUGGCGCGGCUGAACCCCAGCCAGGCCCUGCAGAAGACCUCCCUGACGCUGUCCCUGCAGCGGCAGAUGAUGGAGAACUUGGUGAUUGCCAAGGCCCGAGAGGAAACCCUGCAGCGGAAGAUGGAGGAGCGGCGCCUCACCCGGGACCGUUGCCUCCCCAGGAGAUUCUCCAGCAGCGUGGCCCUCACCCCCGAGGAGCAGGAGCAGAGAGCCCUCUACGCCGCCAUCCUCGAGUACGAGCAGGACCACGACUGGCCGAGGCAGUGGAAGGCCAGACUGAAGCGGAGCCCGGCAGACCUCUCCCUGGUGUCGGGGCUCUUCUCCUGUCUCCUCAGCUUCCCCGAGCACCCCAUCGCCCAGCUCCUGCGGCAGCUGCAUGGCCACGGUGGUGUCCUGGCUGUGGUGGUGUCCUGGCUGUGGUGGCGUCCCAGCUGUGACAGUCUGGUGGCUGUGGCAGCGUCCCGGCCAUGGCAGCAUUCCAGCUGUGAUGGUGUGGUGGCCGUGGCGGUGUCCUGGCCAUGGCGGUGUCCCAGCUGUAACAAUGUGGUAGCCAUGGUGGUGUCCCAGCCGUGA